AUGCCAAUUGCGGCUGUCAGAUCCUUCAGCACCGCUAUGCGACUGCGGAUGGCGGCCGAAGACGAAUCCUUCGACCCCUCGACCAUUGAGCGAGAGUCGGACCAGGUGGACGUCUGCAUCAUCGGCGCCGGUCCCGCGGGGCUGAGUGCCGCCAUUCGGCUGAAGCAACUGGCGAACGAGGCGGGCAACGAGGACUUCCGGGUGCUGGUGCUGGAAAAGGCCGGCGAGGUGGGCGCCCACAUCCUGUCCGGCGCCGUCAUCCAGCCGUCUGCCAUCAACGAGCUGAUCCCCGACUGGCUCGACGAGGCCAACCCUUCGCGGUUCGAACAUGCGACCCCGGCCGGCAAGGACAAGAUGCGCUUCCUCACCAAGACGGCUGCGAUCCCGAUCCCGGCGCCGCCCCAGAUGAAUAACCACGGCAACUACAUUGUCAGCUUGAACCAGUUUGUCAAGUGGCUCGGCGAGCGCGCGGAAGAGGUUGGCGUCGAGCUGUACCCCGGCUUCGCUGCCUCCGAGGUUCUCUACAACACUGAUGGAUCGGUCAAGGGCGUUGCCACCAACGACCUGGGAAUUGGACGAGAUGGCAAGCCCAAGGAUUCCUUUGAGCGAGGCAUGGAGUUUCACGCAAGAGUCACAAUGUUCGGUGAGGGUUGCCACGGUAGCUUGACCAAGAAGGUGGUUGGCAAAUUCGACCUGCGACGAGAUAGCCAGCACCAGACGUACGGCUUGGGCGUCAAGGAAGUGUGGGAGAUUGACCCUGCCAAGUUCGAAAAGGGUCUCAUUGUCCACUCCAUGGGUUAUCCCCUGCCAAAGGACGUCUAUGGCGGCUCUUUCAUGUACCAUUUUGGCGAGAACCUGGUGAGCUUGGGCUUGGUCGUGUCUCUGGACUACGAGAACCCCUGGCUCUCCCCAUACCAGGAGUUCCAGAAGUUGAAGCUGCACCCGCUCUUCAAGAACGUGCUCGAGGGCGGCAAAUGCAUCUCUUACGGCGCCCGCGGCCUCGUCGAAGGUGGCUUCCAGAGCAUACCCAAGGUUGCCUUCCCCGGCGGCGCCCUGAUUGGUGAUUCCGCCGGCUUCGUCAACGUGCCCAAGGUCAAGGGCACGCACAACGCCAUGAAGUCGGGCAUGCUCGCCGCAGAGGCCGCGUGGAACGCCCUCAACGACUCCAGCGAGGGCACCGUCUUCCUCUACGACUACGAGGACGCGCUGCGCAAGUCGUCCAUCUGGAAGGAGCUCAAGGAGGUGCGCAACAUGCGGCCCUCGUGGCACAACCCGCUCGGCGUCUACGGCGGCGUCGCCUACUCCGGUCUGGAGGCGUACGUCCUCAAGGGCCGCGUCCCGUGGACAUUUAAGCACGGCAAGCCCGACUACGCGUCGACCAAGCCGGCCGACAAGUUCCCCAAGAUUGAGUACGAGAAGCCCGACGGCAAGAUUACCUUUGAUAUCUUGACCAGCGUGUCUCGCACGGGCACCAACCACGAGGAGGACCAGCCCGUGCACCUGCAGGUCAAGGACUGGGAUGCCCACACUGACACGACGUAUCCGACUUUCAAGGGCCUGGAGAACCGCUUCUGCCCGGCUGGAGUGUAUGAGUACGUCGAGGACGAGUCAAAACCGCACGGCGUGCGAUUCCAGAUUAACGCACAAAACUGCAUUCACUGCAAGACGUGCGAUAUCAAGGCUCCCCACCAGGACAUCAACUGGCAAGUUCCGCAGGGAGGUGAAGGACCCAAGUAUUACAUGACAUGA